AUGGCGAUCGUAAAGAAAAAGAAAACAACCGGGAAGAAAAAAAGUUUGGUCGGCAAACACGAAGUGGAUAAGAAAGUCGAGAAACCGUCAAUUGCGGUAAAAGAGCACUUAGCUACUAUUAAAACUGUGUUUUCUCUCAGGGAGUCAACGGAAGGAAAAAAUCAAUCAAACGAAAUUCAUCCACUGCGAAUGGUUCCUCUCCGGCAAAGAAGAAGGUUAAAAAGAUGGUUUUGGUGGACAAAGAGCAUUCCAAAGUCAAUAACGAUGUGGAGAAAAUACAGUUGGUGAGAAAGCUGUCUUGGUGUGGUUGUAUUUAUGCAUUGUGGAUCGUAAAACGAAGUAUUUUAAUACAAGCCUGAUCAACAUAUUAAUGAUGACUAAGUUUUUGCGCGGUCGUGCGUACGCUCGGGUUUUUGAAUCCACUUGAAAAAUAUCGCGUUUUUUGCCUCCCGGCAAAAUUAAAGCUCAGUCACCCACAAGCUCGCUACUUAGCGUUUCAUUGAAAUAAUAUUAAUUAUGAAACAAAUGAAGCAAACAUUUUCAGAUUGACGACGAUGAUUUUAUUGGCCAACCUGAUUUGUUAAUUGGAAACGAAUCAGACAAUGAAUUGAGAGACGAUUAUAGCGAUGGUAAAUACAUAGUUACGCACAAAAUAUUCACCUAAUGGUUAGGUUCACGCUCAAAAAUUUGGUUUUAUAGACGAUUCGAUGGGAACUGGCGAUGAUUUGCCUAUCGAAAAGAAGUCUAAAGCGCUGGACAAAAUUAAUGUCAAGAUUCGGUAUGUUUUUUCUGCUGUGGAAAAUAUAGAUGUUUUGUUUAAUUAGGGAAGAAGGCGAACAGGAGCUGCGUCUGAACAUUGCGAACCAGGAAACCUUUGUUCUUCCGACAGUGGAACAGAUUGAAGAUGAAAUCAAGUCUGUUCCUAAUCUGGAAAUCGUCAAACAGAGAAUCUCUGACGUAAUGCAAGUACUGGGAGAUUUUAAAACUCGAAGGGAUCCUACUAAAAGCCGCCUACAAUAUGUCGACGUUCUGAAAAAAGAUCUGUGUACUCAGUACGGUUAUAAUGACUUUCUGAUGGGAAAAUUCAUGGAUCUUUUUCCGAACGGAGCUGAAUUGCUCGAGUUUCUCGACGCAAACGAUAAUCCUAGACCAGUGACCAUCCGAGCCAAUUCUUUGAAAGUGAAAAGGUAGGUCACGAAUUUUGGUAAAGAAAAUCAACCGCAGUUAUACGUGAAAGAAUUCGUAACACAUUCUGUCUUCAGACGCGAUCUCGCCAAAAAUCUGAUCAAUCGUGGCAUGAAUGUGGACCCCGCUGCCGACUGGACUAAAGUCGGACUGGUUGUGUACGAUUCACAGGUUCCUGUUGGUAUGUGCUCUCACUUGGAGUUUACUUCUAUGCAUGCGUCAUUCAGGUGCAACUCCCGAGUACUUGGCGGGUCACUACAUGAUCCAGGGUCUCAAUUCGCUUCUACCGGUGAUGGCUUUAGCUCCUCAGCCGGGAGAUCGUGUCCUCGACAUGUGCUCAGCCCCAGGUGGAAAAACCUCACACAUUGCUGCUCUUAUGAAGAACAGCGGAGUACUUUUCGCGAAUGAUGCUAGUGUUAGUUCCGCAAAUUUUCUAUUAAUCUGAAUCAAAAAUCUUCAUUGCAGUUUGAUCGUUGCCGUGCAAUUAUCGGAAACCUGCACCGCCUCGGUGUGAACAAUGCGGUUGUGUGCAACUUGGGUGGAGAAGAAUUUUGCAAAAUUCGUCCAAAUGGAUUUGAUAGAAUUCUACUCGAUGCACCAUGUUCGGGAACAGGAGUUAUUUGGAAAGAUCAGUCCGUCAAAACAAGCAAGGAUAGCCAGGAUAUUCAGAGACGACACACUGUUCAGAGACAACUAAUUCUCUCAGCGCUUGACUCUUUAGAUGCAAACUCUCCUAAUGGCGGAUAUCUUGUAUACUCGACCUGCUCCGUUCUAGUCGAGGAAAACGAGGCGGUUGUCAAUUUCCUACUCGAAAGACGUCAUUGUGAACUUGUUCCAACUGGUCUUCCGAUAGGUGUUGAUGGCUUCACUCGUUUCCGUGAUUAUCGGUUCCAUUCAUCUCUAUCAAUGACUAAGAGGUACUACCCACAUGUUCACAAUAUUGAUGGUUUUUAUGUGGCUAAAAUCAAGAAGCUAUCCAAUGUGAAGAUGAGCAAGCACGAAGUUAUGGAGGUUCGUGAUUUUCUUCUUGAACUGUAAAAAGUAAAAAUAAGUUAUUUUAAAAAUAGUCACUCAAAAAAAAUUCGGUUCGAGCCGAAAAAAAAAUUCGGUUCGGAAGCAGCUUCGUCUUUUUUUGCUUUGCCAAAAAAAAUAUUUCUCUGUAACAACUUUGCUAGUUUUUAAUAUGAAAACGUGUGCGGAAAAUUUGUUGUCCGGUUUUCGUUUUUUUCAACUUUCAAUAAUCCGCAAAUGCGCGGGAAUAGAAAAAGUGGGUAGCCUUUUAAGACGCGUAACGGUCGCGUUGUGUCUGGACGCCGGAGGCAAGAAUACUCUUACUAGAAAGAAUCUCGGUUUCAAAAGUCUUGUAAAUAAAUAAACAAAGGGACAGACUCCUCAAGACUUUUGUUAAUAAAAAUGAUGAUGACUGGGGUUGGAUUUCAGAGAGACAAGGAGCGAGCUUCAAAAAAAAAUAAUGAGAAGAACGCUGAAAACAAGACUGACAACCCUCAAAAAUCGGCUGGAAAUUCAUUGUUGAAAAAAAACGAAGGACACGAAGAAUCUGAUGACGAUUCUUCUCAUGGUAGUUUUCUCAUAAUUCUUUUAUCCUUUUUCAAAAUUCAGUGAGAAAUAUCGGAUCAGGUGCUCGUGCCAACAAAAAACGGCGCAAUCAAAAAAAAGCUGAAGCUAAACAAGAAGCUCUCAAGACCGAUGACGGAUUCAACACAGUGAGGAUAGCACUAAAAACACAAACCAGAAUUUUUUUUGAAGAUUGGAAAUAUUAAGAAGGGGAAGAGACCAACAAUUUUCAAGUCGAAAGUCCCGAAGAGAGCGGCCGCGCGUACUGGAGCCAAAUCGGUGAAAAAUAAGCGUAAGAAGAUGAUGGCGAAAAAAUGAAACAUUAAAAUUUUCAAAUCGUUGUCUGUUUUUUUUUUCUUUAUCUAUUUGUUAUAAUUGUUGGUUUUUUUUUGAAUAUAAAAGUUGUUCGAUGGAAAAUAGUUCGAGAAUUUCAUCCGGUUACCAACCAAUAUUUUAUUUAAACCAUUUCAUUUUUUUUACAAAAAACAUAGUAUAAUGCAGAUGGCAGUUGUCAGAGACGAGUUUGACGAAAUUCCUGACUCCGAAAUUCAAGAAACUCUUCUUGAAAGAAUCGAAGGUACUUUUCAAAAUAUUUACUGUUUUGUGGGGUCAUUCAGUGCAUGCUUUUGAACGUUUUGUUUUACGUUAAAAUAUUCAAUUCACCGAUGUAAAAAAAAAUUUUUUGAACGGAAAAACAUCCGCUGAAUAACCCCAUUGCGUUCAGGUUUGGGAGACAUGUUUCCGGAUAGUCUUCGUUCGGCCGUUUCAUCGGGCGUAUCUUGGUCCAAAUGGGGAAUUAAAGGAGUGGUAUGACUUCAAGUCUGCGUCAGACUUUAUAUAGAAUAUGUCUUUCAGCUCAAUCUGACGAAAAAUGCAGUUUGGAUAAUUUCCACGACAUCUCUCAUCGCCUUCCUGCCCUAUAUUAUCGAAAAAGAAAGGAGUGAUCUUGAAAAGACACAAGUUGCUCAGCAGCGCCAAAUGCUUCUCGGACCGUCUGCCGCCAUCCAGAACGCCAAAACCUCCUAA